AUGUUCAGCAGACUACCAACUCUCUUCAUCACCUUCAUCCUGCUCCUAGUGAUCGUCAGAGUAGAAGGGAAAACACGGAGGACGAGGGAUACACCGAAAUAUAUAGCUGUUAGCAUACCUGAUUAUUUGGAUAAAUGGGAUUUCACAACUGAAUUUAACAACCUCUGUACUGGUAUUUUCCCAGAUGACGGCGAAUCCUCUUCACCCAUCUUGAAAGAAACUUCAGCAGAAGCAGCCAAGAUGAACAGGUUUCAAGCUCAAUUACAAUCCCGAGCAAGUAUACCAGGUAGCAGAAAAAUGAAAUUGACCGGGACGCUAUUUACAGUUAGCUGUCUAUACCGCUAUCCUGAUGGCGAGAACCACCAGCUCGGAUCGUACAUUGCCGAACAGCUUGGAGGAAGGACAGUGGAUAUCGAGAAUGAAUUAGCUCAUUUGGAAAGAAAGAAUAAGAAUAAGAAUGGUAGUGGAAAAGCAAGACGAUAA